UUAUUAAUGCUUCAGUGCAAUGUGCCAUUAAAAUUUCUGAAUUCUUUAUUUAAAAAUUGGGUUUACUCUCAGUAUCAUUGGAUCAGUCCAUUAAACCCAAGAACAUUCACUAGCAGCUUUGUCCUGAUCCAAGACCAGAUCAGAAGGAAGGGAGGCAGAAAAAGAGAGUCUGAGGUCAUGAAGCAGGAAUGACAAGAAGCACCUUUAACUAAGAGGAGCACCUCCAUGUUCUGAGUGAUGUGAACAAUGGAAGACAAGAAGGCAGUAUAAAGUCAAGGUGGUAGUGGUAAAAGAAAAAGGUUGCACUCUUCUUGUUUAUGAUGGCAAAUCUUGUUUAUGAUGGCAAUGAUUUGUUUUAAAGGGAAAGUCAGCUAUCACAUGUCUGAUGCAGCCAUCAUAUAGAUCAAAUCUUCUGUUUGUUAUGAAUUGUACAGUAAUUUAAUUUUUGUGUUAGGUUGCAAAACCACAGGCUAUCCCCUUGGUGUUGGUGGUAUUCCUUUCUGAAAAAUGUCAAACAUUAAAGUUUUUAGCGGCAGCUCACACCAGGAUCUCUCGCAGAAAGUAGCUGAACAUCUGGGACUAGAACUUGGAAAGGUAGUGACGAAAAAAUUUAGCAACAAAGAAACAUGCGUUGAAAUUGGUGAAAGUGUUCGUGGUGAAGACGUUUAUAUUAUUCAGAGUGGCUGCGGAGAGAUUAAUGAUAACUUGAUGGAGCUGUUGAUCAUGAUAAGUGCCUGUAAGAUUGCUUCUGCUUCCCGUGUAACAGCAGUCAUUCCUUGUUUUCCAUAUGCCCGGCAGGAUAAGAAGGACAAGAGUAGAGCUCCCAUCUCUGCUAAGUUGGUUGCCAAUAUGCUGUCUGUGUCAGGAGCCGAUCAUAUCAUCACUAUGGAUUUGCAUGCCUCCCAGAUCCAAGGUUUCUUCGAUAUUCCAGUAGACAAUCUUUAUGCAGAGCCUGCUGUCCUUCAGUGGAUUAAAGAACAUGUUCCUGACUGGAAAGCCUCCAUCAUUGUGUCUCCUGAUGCAGGGGGUACUGAGAGGGUCACAUCUAUUACUGACUGCUUGAAUGUUGAGUUUGCAUUGAUCCACAAAGUAAGAAAAAAAGCUAAUGAAAUUGAUCGAAUGGUUCUCGUUGGUGAUGUAAAAGACAGAGUAGCAAUAUUGAUUGAUGACAUGGCAGAUACUUGUGGUACAAUCUGCCAUGCUGCUGACAAGUUGAUUUCUGCAGGAGCCAUUAAAGUGUAUGCUAUUUUAACUCACGGCAUAUUCUCUGGCCCGGCCAUUUCACGAAUCAAUAAUGCUUGUUUUGAAGCUAUUGUUGUCACUAAUACUAUUCCACAGGAAAAGAAUGUAAAACAAAGUAACAAAAUACAGGUUAUUGACAUCUCAAUGUUUCUAGCAGAAGCCAUCCGCCGAACUCACAAUGGAGAAUCUGUCUCCUAUUUAUUUAACCAUGUCCCUUUGUAACGCAACUUUUCAAAAAUGUGCUUUUUGAUGCAUCCUUUACAACAAAGUAUACACCGAAGAAUCCUAAAUUAAACAUUUUUAUGGAUUUCUGUUGAAAGAGAAGAGGAGUGACCCUAUUAAAGUCUAUUAAUAUAAACUAAU